UCCGAACCGGCAAACCCUGGGCCACUGAAGCAGAGUGCACAAAUUUAACUGCUGUACCACUGGGCAGGCCCCUCUCCCCUAUUUUAAAAAAGAGUGGUAUCUGUGGCCACAAAGGUCAGAAGCCAAAGAACAGAGCCUUUCUUCUCUGAUGGCCAGAACGUUGGCAGAGAAAGGUACUUCCAGGCCUGAGAAUCAGAGACUGGGGAAAGCUGAGUAGUGAGGAGCUUCCUGGAAGGGUGGAAAGAGUACUAAGUUCCAGAAGGCUUGGGUUCCAGGCCCUGCUCUACUUCCAACUGGCUAUGUGAUCUUGGGAAAGUCCCUUCUCUUGUCUCGGCCUCACUUUCCCUCCUGUACAAUGGGUGGAUUUUUCUGCUAAUAAUCUCUUUCCUUCCCCCAGCCUCCCCUUAUCCCUCCUUGCACCAACCCCCUGCCCAGCCUGGCUCUGAUGUUCCAGAAGCAGCCUUGAACUGAGGUUUGAAGGCCCCAGGUGGGAGUUGCCACCCAUGUCUGAGUUUUCUCCUGGGCUCUGGGCCCUGUGCCCUAGGUCCUAGGUCCUAGUAGGGUAUCUGGCCUUGGCAGGUUGGAGCCAUCACAGGGGAGAAAGACCCUGACCCUCUGAGAAAGGUCUCUAGAGGGCCUGCAUUGUGAUGACCACGUCAACUAUGACAUCAUCCUCUCUCCCACCGUUCACUCUUCCCCAGUCAGCUGCUCUGCAAACAAUCAUCAGUCUAAAUCCUAAAGGCCUGAAAAAGUCUGUUUUGCCGUGCCUGCCGCUGAUCUUUUGCCAAAGCUGGCAAGAAGUACCAUGAAAUUGAUAUUCACUGAGAAAAACUACAACAGCUUCGUGCUGCAGAAACUGAACAAACAGAGGAAACGCAAAGAAUUUUGGGAUAUGGCCCUGACUGUGGACCACCAUGUCUUUUAUGCACAUCGUGUUGUGCUGGCUGCCGUCUCUUCAGUAGUGAAGAACAUCAUCUCUGGCAAUGAUGUGAAGACCACUGAUGAGCUGUUUAUCACCAUUGACCCCAGCUACCUGAGUCCGGCCACGGUGGACCAGCUCCUGGACUACUUCUACAGCGGCAAGGUGGUGAUCUCGGAGCAGAACGUGGAGGAGCUCCUUCGUGGGGCCCAGUAUUUCAACAUACCACACCUUCAAAUCCACUGCAGUGACUACCUGAUUAAGUCCAUCCGCCAUGCCAACUGCUUGCGCUACCUCCUCUUGGCUGAGUUGUUUGGGCUCCAAGAGGUAUCGGACUUGGCCUACACUGGGAUCUGCGACAACUUCCACUACUGGGCCAGUCCUGAGGGCUCCGUGCAGCCUGAGGGCUUCAUGUGCUGUCCACCUGUCAUCUUUGGUCGCCUGCUUCAAGAUGAAAACUUGCAUGUGCUCAAUGAGGACCAGGCUCUCAGCGCACUUAUAGAUUGGGUGUACUUCCGGAAGGAGGAGCGGGAGAAGUAUUUCAAGAAGUUCUUCUCUUACAUCAAUCUCAAUGCCGUCUCCAACAAGACACUGAUGUUUGCCAGCAACAAGUUGAUGGGCAUGAAGAACAGCUCAGCCCACACAUCCCUGAUUGAGAGUGUCCUUGUGGAACGACAGCAGGAGAGGCCAUCCAGCCUGCUGAGCUACCAGCGGAAAGGGGCCCUGCUUGAUUCGGUGGUCAUCCUUGGUGGCCAAAAGGCCCAGGGCAAGUUUAACAAUGGAGUGUUUGCCUACGUCAUCCAGGAGAACCUGUGGUUGAAGCUCUCAGAGAUGCCCUAUCGAGCAGCAGCACUUAGUGCCACCUCUGCUGGUCACUACAUCUACAUCUCUGGUGGCACCAAUGAGCAGAUUACAGGGCUGAAGACGGCUUGGCGAUAUAACAUAAAUGACAAUUCCUGGACCAAGUUGCCUGACCUGCCACUUGGUCUUGUCUUCCAUACCAUGGUGACCUGUAGGGGGACAGUGUACUCAGUGGGUGGGAGCAUUGCCCCAAGGCAGUAUGUCUCUAGCAUCUAUCGUUAUGAUGAGCGCAAGGAGGCCUGGUGCCCGGCAGGGAAGAUGAGCAUCCCUAUGGAUGCCACAGCUGUGGUUACCAAGGGUGACCAGAGCCUGUACAUUGUCACUGGGCGGUGCUUGGUGAAGGGCUAUGUCUCCCGAGUUGGGGUGGUGGACUGCUUUGACACCAAUACUGAGGAGGUUGUCCAGAGUAUCACCUUCCCCAUUGAGUUCAGCCACCGGCCCCUGCUCUCUUUCAAUCAGGACAACAUCCUCUGUGUGCACAGCCACCAGCAGAGCAUGGAAAUCAACCUGCAGAAGACAAAGGCCAACAAGAUGAGUACGUUACUGCCUCUCUUGCCCAACAGCUGCCCCCUGGAUGUGUCCCAUGCUAUAUGCGCCAUUGGAGACGGCAGGGUGUUUGUAUGUGGGGGUGUCACCACAGCCACUGAUGUUCAGAAAAGGGACUACACCAUCAAUCCAAACGCCUACUUGCUGGACCCGAAGACAGGCGAGUGGAAGACCCUGGCCCCCCCACCAGAGGCACUGGACUGUCCCGCCUGCUGUCUAGCCAAGCUACCUUGCAAGAUUCUUCAAAGGAAUUAAACCACUUCUUUUUUGGGAGAAUAA